AUGGGUGCCUCUGCGGAGAGUCCCGCUCGAGGUCCACCUCAUGUCAGGCAAGUGAAAAGGGUCUGGUGGACCCUGCCGUGCAUUCUACUUUUUGGGAUUGCGUACACAUACCAGUCGACAUGGGUGAGAUACCGCUGUAUCAGUCGAUGCCGAGAGAUAAAGCUCCGCUGACAAUGAACCGAUUCCUUGGGCUAUCACGGUUCAAUCUAGUCGGAUCGUUGGCUCAACAUUGUCCGGUCCGCGAAAGCGCCCGCAGUCGCGCCACACCAGCCCAUGAGUGCUGGUGUUAGCUAUGCAGACACCAUCGGGCGAGCCGAUAGCGCGCUCCUCGACGCAGUCGGAGUUGAUUUGGAGUCUAGCGAAAAGUGUCUGGCCCCGCUGAGCACCAACCAAUCCUCCGAAGCACCCAAUUUUCGAGGGCAGGCUCCGCCUCUUCGGCCGCGAGUCGUGCUCUCGAUAUUGCAACGUCGCGCGGGCGCAGAGGACAGUCCGGCUCUCUUCAAGGCGAUACACAACACUCAAGGGAACUCUGAGGCUCCCAUAUUCUCUGGAGGGGAGCGCGUAGCUGGCCCGUUGCCUUUGGUCAAGGAGUCGCAACACAUUGUUGGGCCUGACGGGAGUGUUUUCAGCAGUCGCAAACCCUACAACCAGCUGGCACCUUCCUCGCAAUACAAGUUCAAAAAGCGAUUGACACUGCUGCAGAUGCAGAAGGACGGCAUUCCUGAGCCGCCUCUCAUCAAUGGCAAAAGGCCGCAUGGUUGGCUGCGAGCUUUUCCAGACCCGUCGCCCGACAUGGUGGGGGCGUCGAUCGCGGGCCGUCCAAGGGCUGUGCGCAAGCUGCCUUCAGGCGAAGAACCGAGUGCCAGGAGGCGUCGCCCCGGGAGAGACAAGUCGGAAGCGCUUAGCGUGUCCUCGCAAUGGCGACAGAUGAACCCCGAGAGAACGAAGCAGGCACGAGAAAAUCGCAAGAGAGCUCAACAGGCAGGAAUUCCCCUCAAGAGAGGAGCACCUCGCAAGCCCCUAGACCAACUGACUCGUGCCAGCAUAUUGAGGAGGGUCCGAGAAGCCCAAGCGGGCAAAGCGCCUUGGCCCCAGUUGCCAGGCACUGGAAGCGAAAGCGUGUCUGGCGGCUCAACGCCUAGUCGUGACGCCGGCGGACUACUUGGAAACUCUGGCAAGACGCAUGCCUCCAGCGAUCCAUCUCCUGCUGUGUCGCACUCAGCCAGCGUCAAUAUGGAGAGCACUACCCACAGUGGUAGGUCUGGAUACAGUCCCAACAAGUCGAAUUCGCUACACGUAUCCACGGAGCAGGCUCCGAGCCACACUUUGGAACCCGCUCACGCCACCUCGGAACACACUGCCACUCCAAGGACGCUACACCGCCACCUGUCGAUGCUUGAGGCAGAGUUGCACCAACCUGCUACAUCACCACAUCACGUCCAAGAGCACGCCGGACAUGCGCGCCUUCACGAUCUCAUGACGGACCUAGCCCACACUCUUCGAAACACUCCCUCAGCUCAUGAUGACUGGACUCACGCGCUCCUUGCCGAUCUUCAUCCUCGGGGACUCAGUGGAGAGUUGGGAGAAGCGGUGGUGGGGGCUGCCAGCGAACACGUAAGUCCGGCGUUGCCUUCAAAAGGCGCCGGGUCGCGAGGCGGUCUAUCAACGACGGCGAAGUACUUUCAGGCCAAUCCAGAGAAGUACCAAGCAGCACUCAAGCGAGAACGUGACCGCAGACGACUCAUGAGCGACGUGACCGGCGCUAAGCGAGGCCGACCGUUUCGGCCCUGGGACCAGCUCUCGCCGCAGCAAAAGAAGCGGAGAAUCCAAAAGACACUGAUGUAUGACGCCGAUACCAAUCUCGCGAAUCGUUUCAGCCAGGAAAAGGUCCGUUCCGUCCUUUCGGACUUUCAGACUGCCCUGCACGGCCCUGCACAUCCAACUUCAGAUGCACAUACGUCGCCUGACCAUCUCAUUCAAGCGCAUGCCGCGGAAGCGAUCCAGGGACAUACUCUCACCGGCCCUAGGCCCGCUGGCUUUAACGGCGAGAGCCAUCUUGAAGGGUACCGAGGACAGCUCGAGGAAAGCAACGGAAAGGGAGCAGGGGUCCGAGCACCGGAAGCUGCUACGCAUGCUGAGGAAGCAGUCCGGCCAAUCUCGACAAGCGCAUCCAGCAGCGAAAAGGGUCACCAACAUCCAGAUCGAUACAAAGAGAUGCACGCCCGCGCUGGAGCAUACCGUCGACCCAAGUAUGGACCACGGAACAAGCGGGGGCCUCGCAGCGCAGCCACGCCAUUGCAACACCUGAGUCGGAGUGGCCUGCAGUAUCGUCUCGAAAAAUUGCAAUCUGUUGAAGCACAAUCGCGAGUAGCUCCGAAUGCACCUUCGAUUCAGCAGCCCGUUGUCUCACUUCCUGUCGUUCAAGGUCAUAAGUACGCCAAGACAUUCCAAGAACUCAGCAGCGGAGGGCAGACCUACCGCAAACAGCGAUUUGAAUUCCUGCAGAAGGUCAACAAGCUGAAAGGGCUCAAUCCCUCACUUGGCGAGACAAGUGGCAAGACAAGCAGCGGGACGAGUGGGGCGAGCCAACAGUCGCAUUCGUGGUCUUCUACGACAAGCGCACAGCCAGAUUCUCCCAGGCACGCCCCGAACACUCACGCGCUUCAGAGGCGCACUGCUUCGCAAGACAUCUGGAGUCUAGCAGGUGACUUGGUAAGCCGUGGCGAGGCUGAAGAUCUCGUCAGACAGCUGGCGUCUAAUCCCAAUGUGAGGCGCCUCGACGUGCUCAGCGCCGCCGGGCCGCAAGCAGGCGCACAUCUGCGAACCGCAUCUGCUGAACUUGUCCGUGAAGGCUCUGCUGAAGGGACUUUGACUGCUCGUCCUUCGGCGUUUGUGCCGUACGGACGACCGGUCGGCAACGUGGUCGAGGACACCCCUCGGCUGCAAGGCUCAGGCCUUUCUACGAGUCGCAACUUUGGACACGUGCCUACGCUCCCUAGUACCGAAUCCAACAGUCCUCUUGCACCUCCUCCCUCGGCGCCCAUGACACCGCCAGAAAACCCUGCCAGCCGAGAGAGACCUUAUGGUAUUAUGUAUGGCGACAGUCCCAACUAUAAGGCUCCUCUCAGAAAGCAUCUCCGCAAACCUGACUCGGAGCUGACCAGCCCGUACCGAAAGUUGAGGGCGGACGAGGCUGCGUACCAAGCCCACCUUGCGAGGGUGCGAGAUCGAAGACGCGAAAAGGAGAUCGAAGCACUGGGCGGCCCGCCCGCCAGAAAACUCCCAAGAGGUCGGCUACCCAAACCGGAGGGCGAGCCACUCACUCGCUCAGCUCAAUACUACCGCGAACAUCCUGACCUCAGAGCGAAGGUCUCUGAGCGACGUCGAAUUGCAUAUCGCAAGAAAAAGCUCGAGAAAGCUGCGGCUAUAAACAAGCCCUCGGGUGAAGGAAGCUCCACCACACGCCUCGACGGAGCUGACCACGCGAGCUCUGCCCGUCCGGAAGAAAGUGGCCAAUUUAGAAGAGACUCCAUAUUGCCUCCUCGUCCCACGCCAAGAGCUGCUUCUGGUCGCCAAACAUCAUCCAUAGUGGCCACUGCUGAGCCGAGGAGAGCGUCAAGUAUCCGGCGCAGAAGUCCUUCACCUGGGCCACCACUGCCGCACUUUGAUGGGAGUGCAGGUGCUGUAACCUCGGAUCUGGCAAGUGCACUGAGGGCAGCAGAUAGUUCUGCUGCAAGCGGCCUGGAAGUUUCGUCAAGAGGACACGGGAGAGAGUCAGGCCCAGCAAAGACUCUGACUGAGGUGCGUGGCUCAGAUAACCUACGCUCGAAUGCGACUGACUCUUUGUUAUGUGCCGAUCGCAGGGCAAGGGGACCGAGCAAAAGGCUGAACGGCCUUUCAUGAUUGGUAUACCUCGUUUCAGCAUGCCGAAAAAGCCUUACGAGGAGCUCGGUCCUUCAGGACGAUAUUUGCGCGACAAUCCCGACAAGGCUAAGUUAAAGAAUGCUCAGCGACGAGGAGCAGCGGAUGAAUAUGGCAAUCCCAUCAAACCUGGCGAUGAAGUUUCAGAGCUUACACGAAAUCGCCGAGCGAGACAGCUGGGCAAGUAUGGAGGUCAGCUUCGCGAAGUUAGACCUAUCGAAGACUUAAGCCCAGCACAAAGGUAUUGGCGGCUGCGUCCAGAAAAGCACGCAGAGUGGAACGCACGCCGAAGAGCAGCAAGAGCAGCGAAAGCGCUCGAGAAAGCCGAACAGCAGCAUCAUGCCGCCGCCCUUGCUGCUGCUGGAACUCCCGAGACGGCCGCUCCAUCCAUCCCCAUGUCAGAGCUCCGACCACACUUGAAAAGGCUGAAGCGCUCCAUGCUCGCAUCCUACACCACCAAAAAGAAUCUCAAGUUCAAACACGCCGGAUGGGAUUCAAGGCGGCUAGACGACUAUGUAGCUGACUUGCAGAAGGAGCUGCACUCGCCAGGACACGAGGCGGAUUCUAGCAGUUAUCAGUCCUCGUCCGGCAGCGUCCAAUCCCCCUCGUCUAGUGCUGCGAUCCCCGAAUCAAGGACCCAGCAAUCCUUCUCCAACGGCUCCACUGCAAAGAUGCACAAAAUUCUGCCUUAG